CAAGUCCAAGUCCAAGUUUUCAAGCCGCACCAACUUCGUUCUCCAAGUCCAAGUCUCCACCUUGGAAUUAUCAUAAGAAUUCAUAUCAUAUAUUUUUGUGUUGUCUUACCAACCAGACUCUUGAAUCUUCUAAGGCCUCUCGUUUUCUUCGUUGUUACUCAUAAGUUCAUAACCCCAACACAAAACGCUUCCCUUCACACUGCGCCAACUACAGUCACAGACUUCAUAGUCCCAGAAGCCCAGUGUUUUAGAAGGCUAUGGUUGUUCAGUCUAGGGAGAAUGGAAACUAAUGGUAGCAAUUCUAAUUUCCAAGAAAAGCAACCUUCAGAUGCUUCAAAUAUUGUUGGUAGGGAGAAGCGUACUGAGAAAGAAGUCUUUAUUAAUCAUGCUGAGAUAGCUUGGCAUGAGAGGAGAAGAGAAUGGGUUGGUGAUGAGUCUGAGAAAUUGAGAAGAGCGCCAAGAGAACCAAUUAUGAGCUGGACCACAACGUAUGAGGAUCUUCUUUUAUCUACUGAACCUUUUCAGGAGUCCAUACCUUUAGCUGAGAUGGUGGAUUUUUUAGUUGACAUCUGGCAUGAAGAAGGCCUUUAUGACUAAGUGAUGUAUAUCCUGUGCUCUUUCUGCGCAGUAAGAAUUUUGCAUAGUUUUGUUUGUGCUUUAAAUUUGUCAUUCAAGGUAGAGUUGGUUUUCUCGUUCCUGAUCGUGUAAACCAUUGUCUUUGCAGUGGAGAUAUAGAUUACAUGUAGAGAUCCAUUAAUCUUAGCAUAUUUCGUAAUGACAGCGAAGAAUUUGCGUAAUCAACUAAACAAAUUCUGUAUUUCAGUUUCGAUAUUGGAUUGGAUCAAUUAACUUUUUGCCUUUUGA